GCCAUAGACACACAGGGAAACAUAAAAGACCACCUCAGACUGUGUGUGGAAGAUUAUCAUAUUUAUCUCUUCACCUUAAUUCACUCAAACCCGUUACGCCAACCAACCAAACCAUGAUGUGGGAUGAGUGGGGCGACAACAACUUCUCCGACACCGAUGAACAACAACAACAACAGACCGACCAAGAUUCCCACUUGAACUUCGAUUUCUUCUCCGAGCUAUCCAAGCCCAAGGAUUAUUAUAAGAUACUUGAAGUGGAUUAUGAUGCCACCGACGAUACCAUUCGCUCCAAUUACAUCCGUCUCGCCCUGAAAUGGCACCCAGAUAAGCAAAAGGACCAGAACUGUUCCACCUCCAGGUUUCAAGAAAUAAACGAGGCGUAUCAAGUCUUGAGUGACCCAGCUAAGAGAAUAGAAUAUGACAAGCAAGGGAUGCUUUAUGUCUAUGAUUAUAACAUAACUGAGUAUCUUAACCGCUACAAAGGUCUUAUAUUGACAUGCAAUGGCCUUGGGAUAAGGCAUUCAAUUUGGUAAUUAACAGUAUGCACAAACAUCCUUUUUAGAGAUGCAGCAUAGUUGAGGAAAAGGACCCAUUUGGGCAUGGCACAUAUUUGCUGAGACUGCAAGUGGCAUAGUUGAGUAAAAGGAUUGAUGUUUUAGAUGUAUUCCGGGGACUAUCAUCAUUUCCUCGUGUAUAAAAUACAGAACAAGGAUAUCACCAUCACUUUUGGCUUAUGCCAAUAUGCCUCCCCCCAUUUUACCUCUCUUGGAGAGUAGUAUUUGUAUAAUCUUCCUAAGCUUAUCCAUUCAGUAUGAGAUAUUCGACGGCCAUGGCUGGCAGGUUGCACCUGCUUGAUCAUGAUAGAUCGAUGAUGUUGUACCCGGU